AUGGCCUCUAUUGUAGACGAGAUCGAGUACAAGCUCGACAAUGUCCCGGUCACCCCUGUACCGGCUGACAAGAUUGACGGGACUUUCCGUUCAAGCACCAUCGAUCUGAUCUCUGGGACAUUGGGUGGUAAGAUCCUGGCCUUCUCAGAUCAAUGGUUUGCUGAAGCCUCCAACCUCCUGACGCCCACGCCCCCCAUCAGCCAGCCAGGCAAAAUGGUCUUCACUGGCGCUUGGUACGAUGGGUGGGAGACUCGACGCCACAACCCAGAGCCCUUUGACUGGGUCAUCGUGCGCCUUGGUGUCGCGUCUGGCACUGUCGAGGGCGUGGAGGUGGACACUGCGUUCUUUAACGGUAACCACGCGCCCGCCGUCUCAGUUGAGGGCUGCUUCAGCGACAAUGACGAUGAGGUUGUCUCUUGGAAGGGCGGCCGCGGCAAGUGGGAGACUAUCCUGGGCGUGCAAGAGGGAGGUCCCUCGCAGCGCCUAGGAUGGAAGCUCAACUCGCCUACUGGCAAGCAGUACACUCACGUGAGGCUCAACAUGUACCCUGACGGUGGCAUCGCACGUUUCCGUCUCUUCGGACACGCCGUGCCAGUCUUCCCUCAAGAUACCAAUGCCGUAUUUGACCUCGCUGCUGCGGUCAAUGGAGGCGUCGCGGUUUCUUGCAGUGACCAACACUUUGGCACGAAGGAUAACCUCCUCCUACCAGGGCGCGGAAAAGACAUGGGCGACGGCUGGGAGACCAAGCGCUCGCGAGGUGACCACAUUGACUGGGCUAUCAUCCGCCUGGGGGCGCCAGGCUACAUCGAGAAGUUCGUGGUCGACACUGCGCACUUUCGAGGGAACUUUCCGCAGAAGGUGGCGGUACAGGGCAUCAACCACGAAGGGGGCGGCGACCCGGGCGCAGAUGCUGAAGGUUGGGUGGAAGCUGUCGCGUCGAGCAAAACGGGACCUGACCGUGAGCACGAGUUCGAGAGCGCCGCCAGCUCCAAACCGUUCACCCAUGUUAAGUUGAUCAUGAUUCCCGACGGUGGCCAUGACGUGUCAUAUUGCGCCCGGGUGAAAAUGAACGAGGUUAGGCUUCCCAGGUGUCCUGGCUCUGCCCCUCCUUCCAUAGCUAUGGACCUUGGGGUGUCAAGCGCCGAUGAGGGCGAGCAGAGGCCUCGUCCUCUUCCUGACGACUUACCGAAAUCCCUGAAUGACCGACGGCAUGCCUCAAAAGAGAGCUAUGUGCCUGACACGGAGAUGUACGACGGUUGGCAAGGAGAAUCACAGUUUCUCACAACGCCCGCUUUGGCCAAGCCUCUCAACUUUGGCAACCUGUCUCUCAACGAUGACGAAUACGAGAACGAUGCAAGCAAUGCGCCCAAAGACAGCGACACUCGGCUGAUGGAGAUGCUGGCAGCGCAGGCGAACCACCUCUCUACCGAGCUAGAAGACGAGCAGGCAAUCAUCGAUAACGACACUCUCUCCGAUUCAGAGAAGAAGGACAUGCUACAAAAGGCCUUGCAUACGGCGGCAAGUAACGGCGAUGUUGACAGACUCAACAAGCUUCUCGAUGGCAGUGCCAAGGACUUUGUGGAUGUCAACGCACCUGAUGAGGACGGCACGCCGCCUCUUAUAUACGCUAGCUGCUUUGGACACGAAAAUGUGGUACAGGCUCUAAUCGCAAAGGGCGCCGAUGUCAACAAGCAAGACCGAAAUCAAUGGAGUCCUCUAAUGUGGGCAAUGACCAACCGACACAAAGGGAUCGCCAAGGCUUUGCUGGACAACGGUGCAUCAGGGGACCAGAGAACAUCAAGUGGGCGCACUGCCUUUGACUUUGUGCCGCCUGACAGCGAGAUGUCGUAUUAUCUCAGCAGCAACGGCUACAGCAUUGGCAACGCCGGCAUGGAUGACGAUUUCUACAACCCAGGAUUCGGCCAAGACCGAUUUGAGGAGGAACUAGCCGAGAUGGAGACACGGAGAAGACUGAUGAUGGAAAGCGCUCGUGAUCUAGAGGUCGACCUGGGCAAUGUGGGCAUGGACGACCAGCCAGAGCCCGUCGAGGAAUUCGAGGAAGAACAACAGGAGUUUGACUGGAGCCGUUGUCUGCACGAUCAGAUGUUUGUGUUCCAGGAGCACGAACUUGACCAUAUCCUCGAUAUUGUCAUUACGAAGAUGACUCCCCAACGAUCACCGUCGCAAAAGCCCGUACCCGCCAACAUGAUCUUCCUCAGCGCACGAUACGCGCACUAUCACUCAAGUCCAGAGCUUUUGGGUCGUCUGCUAGUAUCUGCCAUGGACCGGAUCAACGAUGUGGUGGAGCGAUGCCAAUGGGACAUGACGAUCCUUGCGUUUUGGAUAUCGAACGCGACUCUGCUGUUGCACUAUCUGAAAAAGGAUGCAGGACUUGUCGAAGCGACGGUUGAGUUUCAGGCACAUCUCGCGGAAUUGAUCAACGAGAUCUUUAUCCUGAUCGUCCGGGAUGCGGAGCGACGACUGGACAAGGUGCUCGACCCAGCAAUGCUCGACCAUGAGACUAUCCCAGGAUUCGAGGAUAUUGCCUUCCAGAACGAGUGGAAGAUCUUCAAACGCAAAACCACUGUCAAAGAGGAGCCUCUCGAGAAACGAUUUCGACCACCCUCGCCGAAGCAGCGUGCUAAGCCAGCGCCGCGGAAUGUCACCUCCUUAUUGUCGUCAACCCUUUUCGUCCUAGACCUUUACGACAUUCACUCUGUAAUCACGGCGCAAAUCAUGUCGCAGCUUAUUUACUGGAUCAGCGCGGAGCUUUUCAACCGCAUCAUGUCGAAUCGGAAAUACCUCGCGCGAACCAAGGCUAUGCAAAUACGAAUGAACAUCUCGACACUGGAGGAGUGGGUGCGGACAAACAACCGGCAGGCUGAGCACUACGAGGCGGGCAACACGGAGGCCACGGGUGAGACAACGGCAGAUGCCGCUCGCCAACACUUAGCACCGGUUAUACAGCUCCUACAGUGGCUGCAGUGCUUCUCUUCGCUAGAUCCGGACGACCUUGAAGCACUGAUUGCGACCCUGCAACAACUCAAACGAUUGACACCACAGCAGCUGAUCCACGCUGUCAACCACUACAGACCCGAAGUGGGAGAAAAGGGGCUUCCGAAAAGCGCCAUGAAGUACUUGCUUUCCCUGCAAAAAGAAGCGGCAAUGAAGCGGGAUCGGCGGCGAAGCAGGAACAUGUCACCGAUGCCUGAUACUUCACCCGUGACGCCCGUUAAGGGCAACAAGUCUAACGGCGCCCAUCUAGAGACACCGGGAAGCAUUCAGGGCACACCCGGAAACGACGGGUCAGAUGACGACGACGAUGCUCCCGAGCACCUUCUUAUGGACCCCGCCAUGAUGCUACCAUUUACGCUGCCUUCCGUCACAGACAUGCUCGUCUCCUACGGCGCGGGCUUCGGCGGCGUCAAUAGGGAGAGAGAACGUAAGUAUAUACCAACGGUGCCCCCCGAGUUCCUCGAAAAGCUCGAGGUCAGUGGUGCAAGGAAGGGGCCAAUGUUCCAGGAGAAGGAUUGGGAAAACGAGGAGGUCUGA